AUGAUUCAAGAAGAGGACGAGGACCAGGAGCAGCGCCUCAUAAAUGAGGAAUACAAGACAUGGAAGAAGAACAGCCCCUUUCUCUAUGACAUGAUUCUCAGUACCGCUCUCGAAUGGCCUACUUUGACCACCCAAUGGUUCCCUGAUGUCAAGGAGCCCGAAGACAAGAAUUAUCGCAUUCACAGACUGCUCCUAGGAACCCACACUUCCGAGGGCCUUCCCAACCACGUGCAGAUUGCCGAAGUCAAGAUUCCCAAAUCUGUGACCCCAAACCCCGACGAUUACAACGAGGAUACGGGAGAGAUUGGAGGUUAUGGAAAGUCCUCAAGCGGCCCGGCAGCUGCCGUCGAAUUCAGCAUCGUACAGAAGAUCGACCAUCCCGGUGAGAUCAACAAGGCGCGCUACCAGCCUCAGAACCCUGACAUUAUCGCAACACUCUGCGUUGACGGCAAGGUCCUUGUUUUUGACCGCACGAAGCAUAGCUUGCAGCCCACUGGCAAGGUCAACGCACAGGUUGAACUCGUCGGCCACAAACAGGAAGGAUUUGGCCUGGCGUGGAACCCUCAUGAAGAGGGUUGUCUCGCGUCUGGUAGCGAAGAUACUACCGUAUGCCUAUGGGACCUCAAGACUCUCCAGAGCGGAAGCCACACACUGAAGCCCGCCCGCAAGUACACACAUCACACCCAGAUCGUCAACGACGUCCAAUACCAUCCCAUUGCGAAGAGCUUCAUCGGAACCGUGUCGGAUGACUUGACGAUGCAGAUUAUUGAUGUGCGUCAACCCGAGACGAAUCGCGCCGCCGUCACCGCGAAGCGCGGCCAUAUGGAUGCCAUCAACGCCCUGGCAUUCAACCCCACGUCAGAAGUACUCGUCGCAACAGCGUCCGCAGACAAAACAUUGGGCAUCUGGGAUCUCCGGAACGUUAAGGAGAAGGUCCACACCCUGGAGGGACACAACGAUGCCGUCACCUCCCUCUCGUGGCAUCCGCAGGAAGCCGGCGUUCUCGGCAGUGGUUCCUACGACAGAAGAGUCAUAUUUUGGGACCUUUCCCGCGUUGGAGAGGAGCAGAUGCCGGACGACCAAGAAGAUGGUCCCCCAGAACUGCUCUUCAUGCACGGCGGACACACCAACCACCUCGCAGACUUCAGCUGGAACCCCAACGAACCCUGGCUCGUCUGCAGUGCUGCCGAGGACAAUCUUCUUCAGAUCUGGAAGGUUGCCGACUCAAUCGUCGGCAAGGACGACGGCGAUCUGCCGCUCGAUGAGAUUGACCGAUAG